UAUACAUAGAACGCUUUCGUACACAGUGCCCACUCACUGCAGCUCGUGCAUAGAUAAUGUUCACACCGUUAUGCGACACACUCGUCGCCACCACUUGCUGCAACGAGAGGUUAGCCGUUUCUUUACAGCUUAUCGGCAACGUUGUCCCGCAAUUUGUUUCUAGCUACUGGCUGCAAUCACACGUGGCAUGUUUACUGUGGCAUGUCCCGGGCUGGGACUUCAUGCAAUUAUAACGGUCAUUAUGAUAGUCAGUGAGAAUACGUGUUGCCAGAAAAAAAUCAUCGUGGGGGUCGCGUGAGCCAAUGAGGCUGAUGGUCGGUCGCGUCCGACGGGAGCGAGAUGCCAACUGACGCGUGACGGCCGAGUUAGAAUAUCGACGCCAACGAAAAUCUGCUACAUCGUCGUAUGACCGUACCUGGAGCAUUCUUUAUUUCUGCUUUUCGGGGUCCGUCGCUGCUAUUUUCUCGCUUGCUUGUGCUAGCAAGCAUAUGUACGGGAUAAGUAAGAGCCCCACCGCAUAGGGACAUCGCAGUGAUUACCACGUACAUUGCUUGUUUCUAAAUUUGAUAUGCCUUCUAGGGCUAAAUUUACCAAGGUUUUCGCAAAGCUUGGUGCAGCCGCUCAAAGCUAACCGUCAUCGGUAAGGUUAAACCGCACUCAUACCUUCAUCGCCAAGGAACAACGGAAAUGCUGCUGGGUUUAGGAAGGGGGUGUACGAUACCCAGGGCACGGUGAAGUGCCACCUAGGCUUGGACGUUUCUUGGACAGGCACGCCAUGUACCCACCCAAGUGCACAAGCCCUUUCCCCAGACAGCUUGACAUGCUUGCUUCCUGGUUACUCAUACCACAUAAACACUUCCACCACGUACCUUACCAGGGCAUUAGGAAAGCCAGACUCACGCGGGAUAGCCAAACAACGCACGCUAAAAGCCCAGCCUAGAACGCUGUUCAGUGCAAGCUCUCUUCCCACUCACGCAACCCACUCUCAAGCCGGAUACCUUUACCUUGCACUACGCGGAAUCCGAUAUCUCCACCAUCAUCACUCAUAGCAACAGUAGUGGUGUGACCCGCGAUAAUAGUGUAGGGCUGGGUUCAUCACCCGUGUUCCCUUUUAGGGAACCGUUGUAAUGGUCAUUCAUUCAGCUGUGCGGCUUGAAACGGCACCCGCUGCGGCCCUGCUGGCCCCCUCACACCUGUCCGUGCAAGCACCCAUGCAGUGCCUCCACCGCAGCUCGCGCCGCGCCAGGCGCUCUCCGCCCGCCUCCCUGACGCUGCCGCUGCCAGUGCUGCUGCUGCUGCUCCUGACCGCCUGCUGGGCCCCUCGGGCUACCCUGGCGGCUGAAGCCUCCACAACCCAGGACCCCUCCCUUACCUCCGUUGAUGCCUCCGGGGGACAGCAACAGCAGCAACAGCAAAGCGCGGGUGGCACGGCAGGUGUUGCUGUACGGCAAGAGUGCAGCGAUGUGCCCGUCAGUACCUCCCAGCUCGAGCUAGCCAAGCGGGCUGACAUCAUUGUGACAGGCGUCGUCCUGGCCGCCGGCGCUGGUAGCGGCCUCUGCCACGACAACGGCACGCUGGUGCCCCUCCCCGACUCUCCCUCCACUAAAUCCAGCAGCGGCACCAGUUUCGUGCUUGUGGGGCUGCAGUGCGUGCACCGCGGCCUGGUGCGCUGCCGGACCAACACCGAGGACGCGGGCGACUGCCUGCUGCUGCUGGAGGCGCCCGUGCUGGCGGACAGCGUGCCAUGCGCGCUCACCGGCGGGCAGCGCUAUAUGUUCUUC